AUGUCGUCUCAAAAAUGUGCUUCUCACCUUGAAAUUGCUCGACUUGAAAGUUUGAAUUUUAAAAUUUCUCAAUUAAUUUAUUUUGUUCUAAUAAUUACAACGUUAUUCUUCACAUUUUUCGCGUUGAAAGUCAUACAAAAGAAGUGCAUCUUUCAAUUGUCUACUAAAAUUCUACUCUAUCAAAACCUAUUCUCCGCAAACAUCCAUCAAAUAUUUCUCGGCAUCACUAUUGUUGAACGACUGAACAUUGCAUUUUUCAAGCUUAACGAUAAGUGUAUUCCACUAAGACCGGAAACGAAUUGUCAGCUAUAUCUUGAAAUGUUUAUUGCUGGUUUAAGUGGAAUGGUAUAUGGACAAACUGGUUUGCUUUUUGAGCGAGCAUGUGCUACUUUCAUAAAGAAAUACGAGAAAAGGAAAAGCUUAGCAACUGGCAUCAUCACUUCUAUUAUUGUAUUGCUAUUAAGUGGAAGCACUGCUCGAAUAAUUAUUUGGGAUGAUCCAUUGUCUGAAUAUCAACUUGCAUGUACUUCAUGGCCAAGUAAAAGCCGCGACAGAUCCACUAUGUUCUUCAGUAUUUGCACUUUUAUUUCCUUGUUCAAUUUGGUCAUUUCUCUUCUGAUUCGAAGACAUAAUGAAAAACUAGAAUAUUCAACCCCAUUCGUCGUAGGUCCAAGAUUUCGGAAACGAGAAGUAAUUGACUCAACUAGUACAAUCUGCUUUUUGACGUUUUUCCAAUUCAUCUUUAUGUUUAUCUAUUCAUUCGGUGUGUUCCUCCUUGGAACUAUCAGGGAAAUUAUUGGCUAUGAGCAGUAUUAUUUCUGGGUCGUUUGGGUUUAUACAAUCCCAUUCAUUGCUGCAUCCUUUCCAAUUCUUCUGAUCUAUAGAAUUCGAUAUUCUAAUACAAAUCGAAUAAUGAUAAUCAAACAGUUUACAAGUACAAAGCAGACACAAGAGGACCAUAUCAAACAAAUGAAAAAUGUUUGGAAUUAAUUAAACAUGUAUUUAGAUAAAUGUGACAAAAUAAAAGUAUAGACUAU